GGGUUUAGUACAAUAGUGAUCGUGGUGGAAAACAGGCCCUCCUAGCCUACUCAAGGCAAAUCAUGAUGGGCCACAUCAUAUUCGACCAUUUUGGACGGCGAUUGCAGGAGCUCUGUGCCUCUCACUGUAUUUCAAGAUGGCAUCUGAUCGCGUUGUGCGCAUUUGUGGGCAAUGAACCUUUACGCUUGCCUGAUUCGCACCUUCUCGAACUUCUUAUCUUAUCAUCAAUUUCAAGCAUCGAGGACAACAUGAAACCAGACGUCAUGAAUGAAGCAGAACUUCUGUGCGGUUCGGAUUUUAAUGAUAGGCUUCAUUGCGGACAAAUUCUCAAGUCUCAUAUAAUCACCAGAAUGGAGCCGUCGGCGGUACCCCUGGAGGACAUGAUUGAAGAGCAACUCAAAGCAAUAUAUCAACAUCACCGUAUCCUCUCUCAACAUCACCUUAUCCUCUCUCAACUUCGCAUUCGUCUCAACAGCCGAGCUCCUAUCAACGCGCGACUGCCCACCGAGUUGCUCAUACAGAUCUUCAAAGCCUACGAAGAAAUGUGUCGACCUAAACAUAAUCUUAGCCGCAUGGAAAAGAGAUGGGCCAGGCCUUAUGGGUGGAGCGUAGUCUCGUUGAUCUGCCAUUAUUGGCGAGAUAUCGCUUUAGCUACGCCUUCUCUUUGGACGUUCAUCCAGGCAGGCGCCCCUCUGGAACAGAUCGAAACAUGGCUUUCACGCUCGAAGUCACUCCCACUGCAAGCUGUGGUCCAUACUAUUAAUUUGGAGCAUGACGGCGUUGCAGAAGGAACCACAUUACUAUUUCAACACUUCGCGCGCAUGAAAAUCCUAGACGUCGCGCUAGACGACAUUGACUACGUUAAAACCACGUUUCCUCCGUCCACUAUCCCUGCUACGGCGCUCCGAUAUGUGCGAAUCCACAAUCUCGCCACACGAAUUGAAAAAGACGAAGUCAUUCAAUGCAUACUAGGACGACAACUACCUUGCCUGACUGCUGUAGAACUUCUCGGGUCCCCGUGGAAAUGGGUCACUCUCGAAUUACCACAGACCCUCACAAGUCUCGUGAUUGGCUUUACUGUUACCUCCCAGCAUUGUAGCCCGGCCGAAGUUCUCGAAGUUCUGAGACGUCUACCUCUGCUGGUGACGUUAGAGCUCGAAGGGAAGUAUAUCGGAAAUGCACGAGACGAUCAACCCUUUAUUCAUGGGCUCAAACCAGACGUAGAGUUAUUCAACCUCCAAACCCUUUUUAUCACUGGCCCUAUCUCGAGAUGCCUUGCGUACCUCCAGCAUAUUCGUUUUCCCGUGCAGACACGUAUCCACUUGGAAACUUCCAUUAUUCAAGAAAGACACUCACUACAUUUGCCACUCCUGGACGUCCUCGCAUCAAAGCUUAGCCAUGGACAACCCUUACUAGAACUGUCACUGUCGUUAACGGCGCCGCAGUUGCACUGGGGGGUGUAUGACUUUACACUUGAGCUCAGCGGAUGGCCAUCCAUUCAUCCACCAUCGGAACUCUUCAACAACGAAACCCCGCGCGUGUUGGUCAUUUUUAAGUCAACAAACGAAUCAGAACUAGUGACAGAAACCCUCGAGGGUCUCGGUCGAUCCAUUUCCGCCGUAGAAACAUUGCGCAUCACCGAAGCUGGAGCCUAUCCACUUGACUUAAUGAAGUUAGGAUCCAUGCCCAACGUCCGCUAUCUGAGCCUCUUUGGCCACGAUGGUCUCGCUCAAUUGCCGGAUCUCCUAAUAACAACCAGCCCGGAUGGUCGGAAUCCUAUUUUCUCCAAUCUUCGCGAGUUAGAAGUGUAUCUGCAAUGUACUAGGUGUUCGUCUCCCCCAUCGUACGAUUACUGGGCUAAGCUUGUGCAUGGUCUAAAGCUCAGACGGGACUGGGGAUUGGGCCUUGAGCGGCUUAUUAUAGGCAAAGACGCAGGUGUGUGCAAGCAUGAGGUGGAUGACGCGGCAUCGUUCAUCGAUGAAGUCGUCCAACUCUCUUAAUAUUAGUAUCCGUGCCAGUAGCAUCAUUGGUAGUAUAGGAUUCAUUGACGACAUUACAUGAACAUUCUAUUGAUACAACAUCAAACGCACCGAGCACUAAUGGUAAUCCGUACAUAAAAUGCAAGAAUAAACUACGAAUGUUCGUGAUAAUGCGAGGAGACUUAUCAGAUGUGAGAUAGAU